AUGGCUCCUGUUCCGAAUGACGAGUCUGGUUCAACACCAGAGAAGCCAACAGAAUUGGCUGCCGAAAUUUUAGGCAGUUGUGCAUCUGAUAUAGUCGGCCGAUGGAUUAAAAACUGCUACACCCGAGCAAAAUCAUCUCUUAACACUAUGAGGUUGAAGAAAGCCAGAACAGACGGUGCUGAGCCACAAAAUGCUGUCAUUAUGAAACUGCAGUACAUCCCUCCGCCUCAAUCAACCCACGCCACUACACUUCCAACGCCCGUUCCUCCUGUCUAUAAGUAA